UACAUUCAACAUACAAUAAUAACUAUUGAGGUGUAAAAAGUGAAAGCGGGCCCACGUGAACCUUGUGAUGAGUCGUGAUGUUUCAUACAAAGGUGUGCAAGGUGGUCUGUGGCUGAUUCUAUAUAAAAGUGAAACUGGGUUGGCAUCAAUUAUAAAAACCAAAACCAUCACCAUGGGCAGGAUUAUUUUCUAUGAGGACAGGAACUUCCAGGGUCGGUCCUAUGAGUGCAACACUGACUGCUCUGACAUCCACAUGCACCUGAACCGUUGCAACUCAUGCAGGGUGGACAAUGGGUGCUUUGUGGUGUACGACCGCCCCAACUUCACGGGGAAUCAGGCUUUCUUGAGGAGAGGGGAGUACUCUGAUUUUCAGCAAAUGGGGUGUGUAGUAGGCAUGAUGGGCUUGGCGAUGAUGGAUAACAUUCGCUCUUGUCGCAUGAUCCCCUUGCACAGUGGACAGUUCAGGAUGAGGAUCUAUGAAAGGGAGAACUUCGAAGGCCAGACGCAUGAGCUCAUGGAUGACUGUGAGUCUCUCCAGGACCGUUACUAUAUUGCUGACUGCCAGUCCUGCAAUGUGAUGGAUGGCCACUGGCUGAUGUUUGAGCAUCCCAACUACAGAGGUCGAAUGAUGUACGUGAGGCCAGGAGAGUAUAGGAACCUCAGAGACAUGAGUGGGAUAAGCAACCUGAUAAGAAUCCGUUCCAUCAGGCGCAUCAUGGAUUUGUGCUGAUUAUCAU